UCACAUUAGAUUCAAUCAUGAGGAGAACAAUAUGCUUCUGGAGGAAUCUCUGCACUGUUUUGCUGCUGGCACUGACAGGGUUGAACAGUCAGUCCAGUGUUUUAGCAGCAAGUGGACCAGAUGAUAUACUUAUCACCAGGUUUACCGAGGUGAUAGCUGGUUUCAGCACCACUUUGACGUGUUCCUCGAGUAACUGCGUCCCACAAUGCACCUACAGCUGGUCUUUUGAGGGUCGCCAGGUCGAUGGGAGCCCACUAAUCUGGACCCCAGAUGGACAGAAAAGUGUUGUGGAUGUAAAGUGCACAGCCAAAAAUACAGAAACUGGGAAAACCUACUUUAAGUCUGUGAAGGUUGAAAUUGAUCCAUGGCACAUCAGCAUCAGCGGACCAGACAAUGUUGCUGAAGGAAAAGAGACCACAUUCACCUGCUUGACAAACUGCCCCAUCAGUGACUGUACCGUCAGCUGGCAGUUCAGGUCGGGUUCCCCCAGUGGGCACUACUCUACAAAUGGAAAUGUGCUCAGAUGGACCCCUUCCACUCCUGGCAAAUCCCACAACCUCACCUGUGUGGCAAAAAAUAAAGCAAAUGGACACACCGCUGAGGCCAACAAGAAGGUGUACAUUACAGAGUCACACUCUUACUCUGGAAGUGCACUCGAUGCCGGUGCCAUCGCCGGGAUAACGAUCGCAUGUCUCAUAGUUGUCGGAGGGGUUGUUGGUGGAGUCGUGUACUACAUGUACAAAAAGGGAAAACUGAUGAACAACCAAUCCUCCAACACUUCUGCCAGACCUGCUGAUUAUCUGUGAGUGUUUCUCUAAGUGACAACCAGGACAACAGAGCACACCAGAUCUGAACUAUGCAGAUAUCAACCAUCUCAGGAAUAAUGGCAGUCGGACAGUGCAGAUAAGGAUGCAGCCAACUACAGAGUACGCCGAAGUCCGAGCGAACAGCGCGCCUAGGGCAGCAUCGUCCCUUCCUUCUUAUGACGUCCACAUGCAGAAGAGGACGGGGCCUGCCCUCCAGCCAGCUACCCAGCCUGGGCCAAAUGUUACUAGCCUCCACCAAAAUUUGCACUCAGUUCCUUCAGGGACAAAUGUGGACUAGAGUUUGGCCAGUCAAUGCACUUUAGUGAUUUGCAUUUACACACAGUAUGUUGCAAAUGUUUCAUUUUAAAUUUUCCAUAAUUUUUUAUGAAAUUUGUAUUUGAUUAUGCCCCUUAAUGACAUGUGAAUGACAUGUUGGAAAGAUUGACUUUAUCCAAGCAGGCUUGUUGAAAGGGAUUGUUCAACAGUUCAUCGGAGAUAUAAUUCUUUGUGAUUUCCCUCAUGAUAACAAGGUGAUAAUAACCUGCUCUCUGAGCCAGCAGAAGUUAUUGAAGGCCUUGAACCAACAGGGAGGUAAUUUAUUACAGAUAACAAGUUCUCAUAGACCACAUGCACUCACACAUACUCCCAUUUUAUAUGUAUCAUCCUCCAGCUGAAGGUACUCUACUCUAGCUCAUGUAAAAUAUCUUUAAUCAUAUCAGGCAUCUUAACUCUUAUUAUUUAUGUUGUUCUAGAUGUUUUUCAAAGAGGGCUAUAUUUUUUAAUGUCAGGCAGAAAACUUGAACAAGAAUUCCUCAGCCAGAGUUUAUGGCUGUACUCAGAACUGACCACUACAUGUAGUAAUAAACACGCUAUCUACUACAUACUGUAUACUGCUGUUUAUAGUAGUAUGCAGUAUUAAACUGUUAAGCUAAAUCAAUUUAAUUUGCACUAUGCUCGGCCGGGCUUUACCAGUUUCAGAUGUCCUGCCAAAAAAAAAAAAAACAAAAAAAACAAAAACUGAUUGCCACCCACAGGAGCGCACACAACCUGUUACAGCUGUAUUGCCUAGUUUCUAUAUGUCCACUGCUGCUUUAUCUGCAUCAAACAGUCAUAAUGUGCAAAUACACUUAACUUUAUGUCCCUAAUAAUAACAAAGGAAUGUCUUUGUGAAGCAUUAAAGGUUCCUGUAAUCAAAUAAUCACAAUAUUGCCUGUUUUAGCGUAUUCAGGCAUGCCGUUUAUGUGCUUACGGUCUAUACUAUGGUAUUGUAGGGUUAUUAUGUGUUUGGUAUGUCUAAUCCUUAGUAAGGCCUAUGUUUGGGAACUUGACUGUAGUUAACAUGAUUAUGAAAUAAAGAGG